AUGGCAACUAAGAAGAUGGGAAGAAAAGUUUUUGAUGAAAUGGAGAAUGGCCAGCACUUCAAUGGCCAACAAUACUCGGUUUGGAUUAAUACUAAUGUGAGAAACAAGAAUGGCUAUGAAGCCAAGCCUGAUCGUCAGUCGGCGAGCAUCCAGGAUAGGGCUCUUGGUUCGGUUGAUCGUCGGGAGAAUACCGGGCUACGAAGGGGCACUAACCGGGCCAAAAAUCCAGUUGCUGAGGAAAGUCCGUUGUGGGUUGGGUCUUCUGAUAAUCCAUUCGCCACGACGGAACAGCGAUCCAAGCAGGGAAAGAGCCCCCUCCGAUUCCCAGUACCAAAAGCCCCCAAGGUUAUGGUGGGGAAACCGACCCGUCGCGACAAAGGGAAAUCGGGGACUGAUGUGUGCCCAAUGGAGAUUGACUUGAACUACAACAAGGCCAAGGUGCCACGGAGGCGGGAGACUAAGGCCAGAAGAGUGAGGGAGGAUAAUGUUUUGGAGCCCGCGGUGGAGGCACUAACUCGAGAGGCAGUGGUUACUCGUCCUAGGAAGGGGCGAUCAUCUGCUUCCUCCAUGCUUAUUGACGAAACGGCGUUAACCCGGGGGCGGCGGCUCAUUCUUGAAGAGGAGUCGGAAGAUGAGUUUUUUAUUCAAAAAAUUCCUUCACCCGGGCAAGAAAAGGGUCUGCGCGCACCUCGUAAGCAAGAGUCAGCCGACUCCAUGGUGGCGAAGGCGGCUGUUCAACAGCAAGACUCGGGACCGCGGGGUGAAGAUACUGGGCAUGAUGAUGCUCCUCCUCUUAUACCCACCAAGAAGGGCAAGAGUGCACUUCAACCUCGGGCCCCGAAACCGGUGGGCAGGCCCAAAAGGGUGGGGCUGGUGGGUGAAAGCAGACGAUCCAAACGAUCCCAAAAUGGGCCUGCUGCUGCUUCCUUGGCCGCUCAAGCUGGGAUUGCUGUCAACGUGAUGGAGGAAACAGGGGCGCUUAAGGAAGCAAGCCGGGUUCUCUCGCCCACUCCGGGUUCCACCGAGCGACAAGUUACUCGAAUGGGAUCAGAGGGAGCUAAUUCGGAUGAGGAAGACCAACCCUUUGAGCUUCGCCGCCGAUCCCCUGUGAGCAAAGAAAGUCUGAAACAACUGGCGCGAUCUUCGAAGGUCAGUCAGGUGGUGCGGGCAUUCGAACAUGGGUUGGUAAUGAAAGAUAAGGAGGAGGUGCUGAUUACUGGAGAACAGCAGGAAAUGGUGGGGGAAAUUGCGAAUGCCACCUCCUUUAAUGAAUAUAGUAGCAAUUUCUCUGACCCAGAGCUGGACUCGAAAAAGCGUCUAUUUCAAGAGGUUGAUGGGGAUUGGGCUGAUGGCCCAACCCCAAAGAGACAGUUUGUCGAGGAAAAAGAUGAUGAGGAAAAGGUGGAGGAAGCCAGCCUGGAGUGGCCCCAACCAGUUAAAUGA